AUGACUUCAAUUAUCAAAAACCAACUUGUAAAACACUUGUCAAAGUGAGUCACGCUGUUGACUAAAACUUAGUUGGCCCGACAAUAAAGCAACCAAAAAACGUGUUUGGUUGAGAUAAAGUCGUUUAAUUGAUUUAUUUUACAGAUUCACAAAAAAUCUGAAGCCUGAGCAGAUUUCCCUGGACGUUCUGAAAGGAAACAGUAAAUUGCAAGUUAUCGAGAUUAAUGAAGACGUUUUGACAAGUAUAUUGGUACUGUCCACUUUAUCCAAACGUUUUAUCAAUUCAUUAAACAAGAUAAUGAAAACUUCAUGUUUUCUGUGUUUUUCUACAUAAAAAAACACUUCUUCAAUUCAUCUAAAUCAAAAUCAUUUCAGGAGUUGCCCAAAUGGUUGCGGAUAAAACGAGCAUUUUGCACAGGCGUCACUGUAAAUGUACCAUGGACACAGCUCAAAACCUGUCCGAUUCAGAUUGUAAGUUGUUUUGGUACUACGGCAGCUGAAAAUCAUAUUCUUAAGUUUAUCGACGAGAUAAAUGUCGAAGUAGAAUUGACUAGUGGAGAGAAAUUUAGUUCUACAAAAAACCCGAUUAUGUAAGUCUUUUCACAUUCAUGAGAAAUUCCACAGAAAUUUUAGCAUGCAUUUUUCAGAAACAUAUCAGAGAACACUUCUUACGGUUUCAUCAACAAGAUUAUUGAGAACAUGUCAUUGUAUAUAAACACUGUGGAAAUAAACUUUGAAUCAGAUAUUUUUGGUGGAUCUUUUAUGGUGAGAAGAGAGAAAUCAACAUCAAUACAAAAAUAGUUCAUGAGAGCAUAAUUUUCAGCUUCAAAGAUUGUCAUUGGAAAGUAGAAGUCCAGGAUGGGCACAAGUAAAAGACUUGCGACAGACUAGAAUCACGUGUCCGAGCUCUAAUAAAACUUUGAUGUUCAAACAAGUAAUCAUUAGAUUCAUUCAUUCAAAAUGCAGAAUAGCAUGCUUAAGAUUUCCUGGCAUCUUCUCAGAAUUGAAGCAUCUGCAAAAUCAUCCAGAGAUGAACAACGAUCAAAAAUAAACGCCCCGCUAAGACUUAUCACAAGUGGUGGAAAGAUUCGAAUCGCUUUGAAAAAAAACACAAAUGGUUUGUACUCUUCAUUCAGAAUUUCUUAUAACAAAAUACAUUCCAGAUGGGUCAGUUGUUCAUGCCAGAAUUCAAACAAUUCUAGAGGAUAUAUUAUGGGUCGCCACAUUGCCUCAGCUUCGCUCAGCUAUAUUUUUUGCGAGUCACAUUGCCAGUCUUGUUCAAGAGUCGCAAAAAGAGCAUCACACAGCUACACAGACCGCUGUGAACGAUCUGGUUCACAAAUCAUUCGAUGGUGCUGAAGCUGAAGCAAGUCCGACAACUUCAGUUUACAAAAUUUUUUACUUUGACCAAACUUCCUAUCAUCUUCACGUCAAAAAAAUUGAUCUACAUUUGUGUGAUGAUGCACACAAAGCAAGCGGUAAUAAGGAAAUUUUUUUUGUUAUCACAAUUCUGUUUCAGAUUAUCCUCCCGACUGGAACAUUGACAGUGGUGCAAUGCAAGUGACUCUCAAUCAAGUGCUUUUUGACGCUUAUCCUAAAGCCGGUGCUCUAUCUGAUAGAUCAACUUGGAUGAGAUACCCAAUUCCAAAUCCUAUAGUUUCUUGGAUGCAAAAGCAUUUGUCUGAAGAAUUGAAGAGCAUUAAGGAAGGAAAUUAUGGCAAAUUUCUCUAAAAAUAACCUGAUUUUGUUCUUUUUCUUUCAGAUCAAACAUUCCAAGCGCGCAUUGACAGAUCCUGGCCCCAGUUGAUUGGAUUUUUCAUUGUGACAAGAAUCUACGAUGUGACUAUCCAAUGCGUUUCAGAUAUGAACACUAAGAAAGACGCGCUUUCCAAUUUGUUUCAAAGCGAACGGUCAGUAAAGCGAAACAAUUAUAAAGUCUGGUUUAUUUUUCAUUUUUUUAGGCACCAACGAUCUCUUCCAAGUGACCAACAAGUAGUUCACCUAGAAUUUGCUUCUUUUUAUCAUCCCCAUACGAAUACGCUUCCAGGUAAGUAUAAAUUUAAAAAUGUUUUUUGUUCAUUUACUUUGCAAGUUCCAAAACCUGCUGGUUAUGUACAAAUCGGUCCAUUCACAUUGACGUUUGAUGAACGAACGACACGUUGGGGAUUCUACGUGGCGCACACGUUACAGUCUGCUUUUGUAUGUUGUUUUUUUACAAAAUUGAGCCCGAACUAAAAAUCUUUUUAUAGGAAGACGGAAAACUUAUUCCUGAAUCAAAUGGAGGAAUUGAGAAGAUUAACAUGAAAAUUCAAUUUGUUAUGCCCAGGGUGAAUUCUUAGUUUUGCAUUUACAAUGAAUUGUUGUUAUUCAGAUUGUAUUGAACUUGCCCGAUAUGUCAAAUGAUUCUCGUUUUCCGCGUCGAUUAGUUGCUUCCACAUCCACUUUUUCCAUAUACUCUAAACACAAACUCGAAUCGCAAAGGAAAAGUUUGACAGGUUGGUUUACCUUGUCAAUAAUUGAAACAUUGUGGAAAAUUUUGUUUCAGACCAGUUUAAAAUAUGCUCAUCACCAAUUUGGAUUGAAACAGACAGUGGGCCACGCACUAAAGGUCUUCCACUUCUUCAUGAUGUGAGUCUCACCGAUUGUCUGAUGUCUCAUGUUUCAUUUUACCCAGGUUUCAUUUGUCGGUGUUCUUACCAUAGAACCUGAUGUUGUGAAUUUGUUGAUCAAACCGACGGAAAGUAUUUCAGUGGUUGUCGAUCACUUCCAGUACUUACAGGUAAGUCGCAUGCUCACUCAAAAACUUCUCAAUAAUAUGAUUGCAGAUAACACGCCUGGGCAAUAAACUGAACAACUUUUUCGACUCAUUAUCUCUCGACAUCGCUCAUUACGAACUCCACAAACCGCCAUCCAACCUAAAAUUCACUUUUCAUUUCGAAUCAGCCGGAGCUGCCGUUUACGUCGUUCUUCCCAUCUGCGACCUGAUUUCCCCAUACGAUUCCUCUUCAAGAAGUGUGAAAAACCUGAUGUUCAACGGUUUAUCAGGUACGUUUUGA